UGUGUUUACGGUCCGAGGCUCCGGCGGAAGCGGCGAGAGAGUUGUUUGCUUCGGGGGAAAGUUUCAAGAAUGUGUUGAGCUGAUCCUAUCUGGACAUACUAGGGUUUCGGGAAUGGAUUCGACAUUAUUGCUGCUCCUACUGACCGGGUGCGGCGUGAAGUUUGCGCUCGGUCAGCAGGGCCCGGUCUUCGUCCUGGAGCCGCCGAACACCCUAGUCUUCUCGAACACCACGGGCUCUCAAUUAGGCUGCUCGGCGCACGGCAGCCCGACGCCGCACGUCACGUGGAUCACCAGCCCGGAUCAGAGAUCGGUCACGGCGGUUCCGGGGCUCAGGCAACUUCUGGGCAACGGAACGCUAUACUUUCCGCCGUUCCUGGCUCAGGAUUUUCGAGCCGAAGUUCACAACGCCCGAUAUAGAUGCCGUGCGACCAGCUCCGUCGGGACCGUACUUUCUCGCGAGGUCACUCUUCGCGCUGUAUUGACGGUACCCGGAUACGACGUCAGAGUAAACAGACAGCCCGUCAUGGAAGGAUGCAACGCGGUGUUGUCCUGUACAGCCCGGGAAGAUGUUAAGGAACACCUCACUGUAACCUCCUGGUUCCGUGACGACGCUAUUCUGCUACCUGGAAAUACAGACACCGGCGGAAGAUUCGUGGUAACCUCACAGGGCGAUCUUCAUAUCAGGGCCGCCAGACCAGAAGACGGCAGAGCGACGUAUUCGUGCUUAACCCUGCAUGCUCUGACCAGCGAACGGAGGAGAAGCGAACCCGCCACUUUAACAGUCACGGAGCCAACCGGUGGUUCGCCGCCACGAUUGAUGCAACGAUCCGAAAUCGCUAUUUCCGCCGAAAGCGGCUCCGACGUUCACCUCACGUGCUCGGCGCAAGGAAGCCCGCCGCCGCAAUUUACCUGGUAUCGCGAUGUUAAUGGCCACUCGAUCCCGGUCGAGUCGUUCGGCCGUAUCCAGCUUUGGGGUGAUUUAAUGCAAAUUCGUCGCGUAGACGCGCAGGACGCUGGAAGAUACGUUUGCCGAGCUAGCAAUCAACUCGGCGAGCAGAGAGCGGAGACGCACUUGUCGGUCACUUCAAAGCUAAACGCUCGGAUUCAGCCGCGUGUGCAGGUCAUUAAUUCCGGUGAUACCGCCACGAUGAACUGCACGGUCGAGGGAUAUCCGGUCGAGAGCGUUGAGUGGCUGCACGACGGUGUACCAGUAUUGACCGCGCAGGACACGAGGAUCAAAUUGUUGGCUCCCCUGGUGCUCGUGAUAGGCUCCGUCGGUCGCAGGGACAAAGGGAUGUAUCAGUGUUUGGUGAGGAGCGACAAGGAAAACGCUCAGGCCACCGCUGAACUGAAGCUCGGAGAUACGGUCCCGGAACUGCAGUACACGUUUAUCGAGCAAGCGCUACGACCGGGUCCGCCGGUUUCCCUACGAUGUUCCGCUACCGGCUCGCCAACACCAUCCUUCACGUGGUUACUGGACGGUGAACCGCUCAGCCAGAUUGCGACCGGGCACAGAUACGCGAUAGGCCAAUACGUGGAUCAAUCCGGUGACGUGAUCAGUCACUUAAACAUUUCAUCGGCGGGCACCGAGGACGGCGGCCUGUACGCUUGCGUGGCGUCUAAUACCUUGGCGACUGUCGGGCACAAAGCUAGAUUGAAUAUUUACGGUCCGCCGUACAUACGAUCGAUCGGGCCGGCUCGCGCCAUCGCCGGUGUCGACAUCACAAUAGCGUGUCCUUACUCAGGAUAUCCGAUCACAUCGGUCGAGUGGAGCCGAGGUGGCGCUGAGUUGCCUUUUGACAUCAGGCACCGGGUCGACAGCGAGGGGCACCUUACGAUCCUCACGGUGGACCCGAAUGACGCCGGCACUUACACGUGUAUAGUCCGAGCGAGUUCUGGGGAGACCGCCAAUAGAGAUAUACUGCUAACCGUCAACAGUCCUCCGGUAAUGAGUCCCUUCGGCUUCCCCGCAAAUUCGCAAGAAGGCAGUCGUGCUCAAGUGACGUGCAGCGUGACGUCGGGCGAUCUUCCGAUCUACAUUUCCUGGUUGAAGGACGGCGAACCACUGCCCUCCUCCCUUCGCAUCGAAGAGCGUGGUGCCGAGUUCUUCAGCCUGCUCGUCUUCAAGGAGCUGUCGUCGCGGCACAGCGGCAAGUACACCUGCGUAGCCACGAAUAGCGCGGCCAAGGUUAAUCACACGGCGGAGCUCCUGGUGAAAGUGCCGCCGCAGUGGAUAUUCGAGCCGCAGGACGUAGCGACCCUUCUGGGCAACCCGUUGAACGUCCAUUGCGAGGCGAAAGGCUUUCCGCCGCCGCGUAUCACGUGGCUGCGUGCCAGAGGCAGAACGUCCAACGACUAUCAGCCGCUGCUGGAUGGUUCCGAUGGCAGACUCACGAUACUACCUAAUGGGUCUUUGUGGACGGCUUCCGCCGGCCCACAGGAUGAGGGUUACUAUCUCUGUCGGGCUAACAAUGGCAUCGGAUCGGGACUCAGCAAAGUGAUAUAUGUGUCGGUGCAUGAGCCAGCGAGAUUCGAAUUUCAGAGUAAAAACGUAACCAUUCGCCGUGGAGAGUCCGUAACCAUCGACUGCACCGUAAUCGGCGAUAAUCCUAUAGAAGUUCAAUGGAUGCACAACAGCGAUCGAUUGGACAUGAGCAAUCACAGGCUAAGCAUCGGUCAAAUAAAGACUGACAAUGGCCUUAAAUCGCAAUUGUCGAUUGCAAAUAGCGACCGGCAGGAUUCCGGAGUUUAUCGGUGCACCGCCGAUAACGCUUACGGAAGAAGCGAACACUUGAUUUAUUUGGCAGUUCAGGAGAGACCGGAUCCUCCGACCGGAUUGGAAGUAAUAGAGAUCGGUUCUCGAUCGAUACGGUUAUUAUGGAAGCGGGCCUUCGACGGAAACAGCCCUAUAAGAAAUUACGUGAUACAAUACAGCCCGCACGGCAUGACCGAUGAUUGGAAUCCUAUUAAAACGCACAAUGUCACGUACACGCCAGGAAGCUCCAAUAGCGGUAACUCUAUACAUCCAACCCAAAACGGCUUAUCUCCGUUCGAGACCACCGGCGACGAUCAAGAGGUAGCUCUGGUCGGCGGUCUUCAUCCAGCCGUCACCUAUACCUUCAGGAUAUUCGCGAUAAACUCCAUCGACGCGAGCGCGCCCACGGAAACCGUCGUGGCGAAGACGCAGGAGGAAGCACCCACUGAACCGCCGCAAAACAUCAAGGUGCAAUCCGCGGGGCCCGGAGAGCUCAUGAUCAGUUGGCAGCCUCCUCCGAAAGAAUCGUGUAACGGCGAUCUGCUGGGCUACAUAGUGACAUGGUCGGAACACUCGUCCUCGACCUCGGGCGUUAAUCAGAGCAAAAGUCUAACCGUGAACGGUUGGGCGUCGACAAAAGUGCAGCUUACCGGCCUAAGAAAAUUCACGAAGUACGACAUUUCGAUCAGAGCCUUCAAUAGCAUAGCCAGUGGACCGGCCAGCGCGCCCAUCGUGGGCACUACUCAAGAAGGAGUACCGGAAACGCCACCGACUCAAGUGACAUGCGUUCCGCUGUCCUCCCAAAGUGUCAAAGUAUCCUGGAGUGCUCCGCCGCCUCAUCAGCACGGUGGAAUCAUUCAAGGAUACAAGGUUUACUACAGACCGGUCCCCACUGAUAACAUGGACAUAUCGACUGUCGGCGAAGUGAAAAGGACAUCGAGCACGGACACUUAUCUGCACACGCUGUAUAAAUACACGAAUUACUCGAUCAAAGUGUUGGCUUACACGGGCGCCGGGGAUGGCGCGCUGAGCGCGCCGAUUUUCUGUAUGACGGAAGAGGACGUUCCCGGCGCGCCCGCCGGCAUCAAAGCGCUGGCAUUAACGGCGGAAAGCAUAUUGGUUUCGUGGCUGCCGCCGUUGCAGCCGAACGGAAACGUCUCGAAGUACACCGUGUACAGCAGAGAAGCCGGUUCCAAUAAUCACAAUGCGCACACGAUGCACGAACCGCCGUCGUCGCCCACGGACACUCUUACGAUGGAACUGCGGGAUCUAGUGGAGAGACAAUUGUACGAAUUUUGGGUAUCGGCGACGACCGGACUGGGCGAAGGCGAACGAACUACUAUAGUUACGCAGACAACGAACACCAGAGCUCCCGCUAGAGUGGCAUCGUUCUCGCAAGUAUUAAGAAGAGCUGUAAAAUCGUCGGUCACACUGUCGUGUUUAGUGGUGGGAAAUCCUACGCCACGACCAAUCUGGACGUACAGAAAUGGGCAAAUUACCACCGGCAGACAUUACGAGCUUACGCCCGACGGGCAUCUUGUCAUACGCGGAUUGGAACAGUCGGUCGCGGGAAAUUACACUUGCUCGGCUAGUAAUUUAUUCGGUGACGAUUCCAUCACGUAUUCACUAGUCGUGGUGAUGCCACCGAGAGCACCAUCGUUGGAGUUGCAAUAUACAACGACCAACAGUAUCCGCUUUCGCUGGAAUCAUCCCGACAAUGGCGGUGCUACAAUACAAGGUUACGUUUUAAGCUACAAGAGAGACCAAGGCGGAUGGGAAGAAAUCGCUAUAUCUCCCGAGCAGACGGAGUUCGUACUCUCCGGACUAAAGUGUGGUUCUUCCUAUCUAGCGCAUUUAACGGCGCAUAAUCGCGUCGACACCGGCGAUCCGAGCCCGUUAAUCAGCGCGACAACGAAAGGCACCGCGCCUCUGCUGCCUAAGGAAAGGGACAUUAUCUCGGCGAACGGCACGUCGGUGAAUCUGAAUUUAUUAUCGUGGCCUAACGGUGGGUGUCCUAUUCAAUACUACAUGGUCGAGUAUCGCAGGCGUCUCGUCACGGAACCGUGGAUCCUGGUAGCCAGCAAAGCAACCGAAAACCUCGUGAUUCGCGAUUUGAAAACGGCAUCGUGGUACAGUCUGCGCUUGACGGCGCACAACGACGCCGGCUCGACUCAAGUCCAGAUGGAAUUCGCCACGACCACGUUAAGCGGAGUCAGCAUCGGUCCGCCCAAUGAUCUGAUAAUGGAAGACGAAAUCAAGCGGACUGUGCCUAAUCACAAAGUUCUGUACGUCGUUGUGCCGCUCAUCUGCGCAAUCAUCUUGGUCGUUUCCGCUGUUAUUCUCGGAUACGUCAUGCUCAAACGCAGCGGCAGAGCGAACUACUUGGGCGAAAUAUUGCCGGGACAACAGCAGCAACAGCAGACGGGAUUAGGAAUGAUUCAGCAGCAGCAGCAUCAACAACAGCACCAUCAUCUGUCCAGCUGCAUGUCGACCGUUCAACUGAAAUCCACGGCUGAGCGAGACAACAGGCGUAAUCAUCAGGUUUACACCAGCUCGCCCGUGAAGCAGGAAAAUCACAAGUCUACCGAUCACGGAUCAGAAAUGUACGAGAUAAGUCCGUAUGCGACAUUCAGCGUUCCCGGCAGAGAGAAUCGCUCGGUGACGACGGCAACGCUCGAUUACACGAUGCAAUUUAAGACGUUCGGUCACCUAGAAAACGAGGACAUCAACACCAUCGACUACGAGAGAUCCACCGUGGAGUUCGAAAGGUCGAAAACACCAAGGUGGCACAAGCAGCGCUACUUCCCGAGCAUUGCGGAAGCCGAGAGCAAACUACGAUCGAGUCGACAAGGCUCCGGAAGCGACACGUCCGGCAGUCCUUGCGGCGAGUGCGCCGGGCCUAGUUAUAGAGUGCCAGUAAAGCCUUGUAGAGAUGUAUUUUCGCGAGGUGUGGAAUCGAGUACGGAAUCUAACAACGAAGGCUCGCCCUCGCUCGCGAGACGACGAAGCAGACAGCCGAGCCGGUCUACUCGCAGUUCGGUGGAGGACAUGACGCUAUUGCCGCCAAGCGGAUUCAGCGACAGCCGCGAAUUGAGCGACGUGGAGUGCGACCGUGAUCGUGAUCGCGAACGUGAUCGUGAAUGGCAGGGUUUGUCGGCCGGAACCCGCCACGGCGGCAGUUUGGGCAGACUACCGAUCGAGGCCGUCGAAUCUAUGCUCGCUAGAUAUCAGCAAAGGAAAGAGCAAGAAAGACAAGAAUUCACUAUACACGUAUGAUCGAGAUUCGCUGGUUCGAGUUGGUAUCUUCGCCGGACGAUUUAACGUUAUUCAGAGAGAGAGAGAGAGAGAGAGAGAGAGAGAGAGAGAGAGAGAGAGAGAGAGAGAGAGAGAGAGAGAGAGAGAGAUGAGAGAGAGAGAGAGAUGAGAAAUCAUCCCUUCUUAAAAUCAUUCGUCGUCUAUGUGCGGAAAUUUUAUGAAAUCUCAAUGAAGAUGGUAGUUUAAUAUAUGUAAGGGACAAUUUAAUUGAUUGGAGAUGAGAAGUGACGGGAGAGACUCUCAGGUCUGCUUGUCGAAGAGGCGUCUCAACUAACUGACCUACGUUGCGCCAAAUACUGCCGUUAUUAUACACAUAAAACAAUGGCCUUCGUAUACAGCCCUGUAUGUACCACGUACGACACACCGUCGAGUCCAGAGGAAACACCAAAAAUCUUAUCGACGAUAUGCGCAAUCAAUUGAGAAGCAGGUGGAAACAUUUGACGAUUAACGAUGUACGUUUUUUGAUAGCAUUUAUCUUUCUAUCAUCGAAUUAUACUGUUGCAUUGUCUUAUUGUACGAAACGUGCGUUUUACGACGAAAAAGAAGUCUGAUUGACCGAUCCAUUACUUUCGCGACGACCAACUAUCGAUAUACAGGGUGAAAACGCCAACUUCCACGCGAAUAUCUCCGCUUCACUAGUGUGCGAUCUACUUAUUAACAAAGCCAUUCUAUGUACGAAUGUAGAUACGAUCGAUUAGCGGGAACGAGUAUUGCAUUUUACAAGAUUUUAAACACGCUGCAGCGACCGCAGCGUUACAUGUUAUCCCCGUCGUAAAGAAUAAAUCGAUUAAAUAAAGCA